AUGAGUCUAAGUUAUCUUUUCUGGGUUAAAGAAGAGGAAGAGGCAAAGAGUGAUCUUAAAAGUUUAGAUGAUGAACAACCUUUUCACUUCCCACUAACAAAAUCCAAAGUGCUCCCUGACCCUUCAAAGUUCUUCUCUAAAAACCUUCUCGCUUCUCCAUUGCCUACAAACUCAUUCUUCCAGAACUUUGUCCUCGGCGAUGGCAAUAUUCAAGAGUACAUUCACCCUUACCUCAUCAAACCCUCUGAUUCCUCUCUUUCUCUCUGCUACCCUUCUCUCUCUGUCUCCUCUCAUUCCAUACACCAAGUCUUCACUCCUGAUCUCACUAUCUCUUCCUCAACAAGUACUCCUUCCCACCAUGUUAUAUCUUCCUUCAGUGAUCUCAGUGUCACUCUCGAUUUUCCUGCAUCUAAUUUCACUUUCUUCCUUGUUAGGGGAAGCCCCUAUGUUACUGCUUUUUUGUCCCAGCAUGCAUCUUUUUCUAUAACCUCCAUCCAUAAAAUAUCUUCUUUUUCUUCAAAAGCUUCACCAAAUAAGUAUACUCUUCAGCUUGACAAUGGUCAGAAAUGGCUUAUCUAUACUUCUUCACCAACCAUAUUUAGUUUCAGCUUUGACAUGAAACUCACUUUCUCCAACAUUUCUUCUUAUGAGGCUCCUGUGAUGGUUCGGAUUGCAGUUAUGCCAGAUUCAAGCUCAGAAAACGAGGCUGUUCUUGACAGGUACAGCUCUUGCUACCCUCUUUCUGGAGAUGCUUUGUUCACUAAGCCAUAUUGUGUUGAAUACAAAUGGCAGAAGAAUGGGCUUGGUAAUUUGUUGAUGUUAGCUCAUCCUCUCCAUCUUCAACUUCUGUCUAAAGAUGAGGGUAAUGUGACUGUUCUUAAACAUUUUAAGUACAGAAGCAUUGAUGGUGGCCUUGUUGGUGUUGUUGGUGAUUCAUGGAUGUUGGAAGCAGAACAUGUUCCUGUAACUUGGCACUCUACUAGAGGUGUCAAUCAAGACUACUAUGAUGAAAUCAAACAAGCUCUUUGUAGAGAUGUUCGUGCUCUUUGUUCUUCAAAAAUAGCUACUACUACAUUUUUCUGUUAUGGCAAAUGGAUUGCAAAGGCAGCAAGGCUUGCAAUGAUAGCUGAGGAAGUUGGUUUUCUUGACUUGAUUUCACUCGUUAAGAAAUUCUUGAAAGAAACCAUUCAGCCAUGGUUAGAUGGGACUUUUGAAGGGAAUGGAUUUUUGUAUGAAAAGCAAUGGGGAGGGCUUAUUACUAAACAAGAUGCUGAUAGUUCAGGAGCAGAAACUGGGUUUGCAUUUUACGACAUUCAUCAUGUUCAACUGGGGCACUUUGUGUACGGAAUUGCAGUUCUUGCGAAGAUUGAUCCGAAUUGGGGUAAGAAGUAUAGGUCAGAAGCAUAUUCAGUCAUGGAAGAUUUCAUGAACUUGGGAGGAAAAGAUUCAAAAUCUAAGAAUACACGUUUAAGGUGUUUUGAUAUGUUCAUGUUACAUUCUUGGGAUUCAGGGCUAGAGGAGAGGACUGAUGGAAGAGAUCAAACGGAUAGUGGUGAAGCUGUGAGUGCAUAUUAUUCAGCAGCGUUGAUGGGUUUGGCAUAUAAUGAUGCAAAUCUUGUUGCUAUUGGUUCAACUCUUGCUGCAUUGGAAAUUCAUGCUGCUCAAAUGUGGUGCCAUUUAAAGAUGGAUGAUAGUAAAUGUAGUGAUGAGUUUACAAAGGAGAAUAGGUUAAUGGGGAUUCUCUGGUCUAACAAGAGGGAAAGUAUGACUUGGUUAGCUCCACUGGCUUGGAAAGAGCAUAGGCUUGGCAAUCAUGUUCUUCCAAUUCUUCCUAUUACGGAGUUCUUGUUUUCCAAUGUUGGUUUUGUGAAGGAGGUUGUGGAGUGGACUCUGCCUUGUUUGAAUAGGGAUGGUGUUGAAGAAAAAUGGAAGUGGCUGGUUUAUGCAAUGGAAGGAAUUUAUGAUAAUGAAGAUGCAUUGAAGAAGAUUAUGGAGUUGACAAGUUUUGAUGAUGAUGAAGGGAAUUCAUUGAGCAAUCUGUUAUGGUGGCUGCACAGCAGAAGAGGCCAUGGAGAUCAUCAUCAAGAUUCUUGUAAUUAAAACAACGUUGGU